AUGCCGAUUUAUAUGGAAAGGCUGGACUACCAUGAUAAAAGAUACCAGGACCACAAGGACAAAUUCUAUAAUUCGUGGCGGCACCCUGACAAAACCGCAAAGGUCAAGUCAAUCUUCCUGGCAAGCAAAGCCAACAUUGACAAGGCUUAUCGAGGGAAGUGCUUCAACACUUAUUCGAAUGGCGGGCAGUAUAAGAGGCUCUAUCAUGGUGCUCAGCGUACGUGUCGUAUUGGCGAGUCGGGAAAUCUUUUGCAACUCUGCCAUGAUGUAAAAUGCGGCAUAUGUGGCAUUCUCAGGACAUCGUUCAAAUUGAAGUUUGCCUGUAAGAAGGGAAUGUUUGGUCCCGGGAUUUACUCAACGCCGUGCUCUUCAAAGGCAGAUAUCUACGCGCAGAAUCACCAUGUCAUCUCGCGCUUUCAUGCUGUGCUCAUUUGCCAUGUCGUGGCGUCCAAGCCUGAUCGAAGAAUUGCUUCAGACCACAGCAUCACCCAGCCGGGUCCUGGUUAUAACUGUGUUGAGGGACUGACAAUACCCGAUGGGGGGGCACUCAUGUACCCAGAGUUCAUUGUUUAUCGGGAAGAUGCCAUCAUCCCCGUUGGACUGGUGAUCUACAGUCGAAAAGGUUGGGAACCACCAGUUUAG